AGCAAUGUAAAGUAUGUGAGUGAAAACUGAAGUCAGUCAACCUUCAAUCUUGGAGGAAGGCAGAUGUGGUGGCGUGUACACUAGAUGAGCUCGAUAUGGGAUGCCCUUGUUAGAAGAUUCAGAUCCGUUCUUGUUUUCGCCUGCCCCUUCUGUACCAACGACUAUCAAUAUGCCAAUCCAAACCAUCACCCUUCGGAAGAGCCGGAAUCUGAGCUGCAGAAAGAUGUUUACACCCCAAAAAAGGAGAGAAAUAAAAAACACGUGAGAAAAGAUAAGAAGGAUGAAUUUAUUGUGAUUAAGGCCGAUGAAGAAGCUGGAUUUUCCUCCAAAUCCAGCGGUUCUAACUCACAAUGUCUCGACGUUGAAGUUGAGAACUCCGACGAGCUUCACCGAAUCAUGAUAAGAAAGUCACAGUUCCUCCCGCCAGAACCGUAUCAGCCGUCCCAGGAAGAGAUUGAUGCCGAGACGGCCCCCAAAGAUGCCACUCUAGGUAAAACCCUCCCUAAAACAUUAGGCAGAAAAGAACCUUUAGAGCCUAUCCCCCAUCACAAACCUGUUUCACCAGUACAACCUCCAAUUUCUCAGUCGAGAACAUAUUCACCGACAUCGCCAGAUGAUUUUGCUGACUCUAUAUCCCAAGUCAGUAGAAAGAGCAAAAAAUCGCUGUUUGGAUUUGGGCAAAAGAAGAAGCAAAAGAAAGACCCUGAUUCCCAAUCAGUGUUUUCGUUUGCAUCUUUUAAAUCUGGUAAAUCUGUAGAAUCUAAAAGUGAGGCUCUCGAGAGGAAAGAACGUAAACGCCGUGAAAAGGAAGAAAAGAAGGACAAAAAAGAGGUUGAAAAACAAGAGCUGAGGCUGUCCCAUGGACUUAAUCAGCAGAAGUUUGAAAACAUCUACCCUUGGAUGAACGAGUUAGAACCUUUUGACGAUGAAAAAGAAGUACCAAAUGUUAUCGAAGAGAUAAGGAUCCGAGAGGCACAGGAAUUGAACAAACUCGAACAAGAUGACAUAGACGUCUAUGACGAGAGAUUUUAUGCUGCAGAAUCGUUUCUCGAUCUCGGUACCCAGCUUAUGCCAGUGUCACAAAUCUCCGAGCCUCUUGCUCCUGUUUUUGUAAACAAGUUUGGUGCUCCAAAAGAUGGGAUUAAAAAACCAUUUGAACCUAUCAUUAGUCCUCUAGUUCGUGAACCAGAAAAGGCUCAAGUGCUCCGUUUUCGUCAAGCUAGCUCUGACGCGGAAACUGAAGGCGUAGUCCGAAAAGCUCGCAAAUCUCUUGCUGAUGUUGAGCCAAGUGUUUCCAUCGAGGCUCCUGUAUCAGCAGAUCCUGUACCACCACUAAAAAAGAAAGACAUGUUUGAAAACAUGCCAUUGAAAAAGAGGGACAUAUUUGCUAAUGUACUUCCCCCAUCAGCAUCACCUCCCGGACCUGCAGAAUAUAAUGAGCAUGUAGGUGGUAUUCCGUCCAAAAACCUCGAAACUAUAAGUGAUCAUGAGGAUACAGAGGGCAGGGACCUAAAGAAAGAAAUCGAAGAAGUCACUCAACUGGAUGAUUAUCUGCAGACAAUUUCUGUCGAUAUCAAUGAACACCGAAGUAAACGAGAAAAGAAGAAAAGGGCGAGGGCUGAAAAAUCUGAGAAGAGUAAAAAGAAGAAGAAGCGAUCUCCCACCAGAAUAGAAUCUAAUCCGAUCGAAGAUCGAUCAAUCGACGAUAUUCCUGUUGAGAAAGACUUACUUGCUGAUCUCACCAACCCUCUGCUUUUUCCAGAGCCACCACAAGAAAAGAAAAAAGAAAUUCCCAUCGUUAACUACACCAGAAGCUUGAAUGAAGAUAUCAAGAAAAAAGAUGAUGGAGACAAGGUUGAAAGUAUCAAAGAAAUUCAAAACACUUUAGAUAGGAGAAAGAAGGAGCUAUCUGAAAAAGAGUCUGACAAAGAAGUGAAAAUUACCAACAAAGACCUACGAAACGAAACAACGAGGGUAGUAGUUGAUGAGAAUCUUGUCCAGAACAGAAUGUCUUAUUUUGACCUUGAUGAUGGUGUUCUAGAUCACAUGAAUUUUCGAGGGGUGGAAAGUGAGCGCGAUCUUCUCAUUAAAAAUGGAGCACCUUCUGGUUCCCGUAUACCUGGACAACAACAUGCGCAGGAGAACUCUGAAAGCAAGCGCCGUCGAAAGAAGGACAGAUCUGAACGGUCAGAAAGAAGGAGACAUAAAGAUGAAUCAGAGGCAGAGAGGGAAGAGAGAAGAAAACGAAGACGCGAGGGAGACCGUGAGAGACGUGAAAGCGAAAAUUCGGAGAACCCCCGUCCCCGUAGAAGACCGAGUAAAGCUUCCUCUGAUAAUGAAGAUGCUCCUGCAAGAAAGCGCAGAGCACAUAGAGACGAAUCUUCCGGUGUAAAGAGUGAAGCUGAUGCGCCUAAAGAGAAGCGUCGCCGCGAGAGGCGAAGGUCACGCCCUGACGGGGAGUCGAGAGAAGAACGUCAUUCAAGGAGAGAUUCCAGGAAAGACAGGAACUCUCGAGGCAAUGAUGAUCAAAAAAAUGAGCGUAGAAGGGAUCGCUCUAGGGAUGAUUCCAAUACAGACCGUAAAAGGGAGCGGUCUUCCAAAGAUCACCGCAGAUCUACAAAAGCUAAUUUUGAAGUCAAAGAGAAAGCUGCCUCGAGAGAAAGUGCAACAUUUUCCGAUGAUAAGCUUCCUAUUCCAGCUCGAAAAGAGGUAAAAGAAAUUGUUCCUCCUCGAAAGGGGAGUCCGGUUGAAGUGUACGAAAAAGAUGGGGCCUUGAAAGCUUUUCCAUCUCACAUAGCCCGUGACAUCAAAUCUGAUAUGGUAGAAAAACGCAGGAAAGAAUUCCAAGAUAAAAAACAACUAGAGCUCAUCCGGCAGAAAAUGGAUCUUGACUUCCAAUCAGUGGACACUAAACGCUCUGUUUUUGUCUCAAACGAUCAAUUUGGAAACAAUCAAGCUCCCCUAUCUCCAACACCAGUUUCUGCCACGUCAUCUAAACAUAAAUCAGGGAAGAAAGGUAAAAAGAAAAGCAAAGAUUUAAACACCGCACCAAAACCUAAACCUCGUAGAGUGAGCUCCAGACCUAAACUUGAUCCUAUCAGGAGUCAGGAGGAGGUCGCCAAAGCUCGACCUCGUCGCGUCAUCUAUGAAACAGACGAAGACAAAUCAGGUUCAACCCUUCACUCUGGCGACGAAAAACCCAAAGUCAUAAAACGACAAUCGUCUGUUACCUCUAACGAUUCGACUUUGAAAGACAUCGGGGAUAUUCCAUCUGAAUGGAAUGUAUCGAUGAUGAGUAGGAGCAGACAGGUUAGUGCUCGGAGUAACGAUUCCAGAGACUCAAGACUCACUCACAGGUCACAAUUAUCAGCUGCUAAAGGCUCUAGAGGUGCUUCGCCCGUCAUAGUGGAGGAGAAACCAAGUAAAAAGAAAAAGAAAAGAAAAUCGUUGUUUUGAUGAUAAUUUUCAAUUUAAUCUAGGAGAUUCAAUUUUAUAUUUUGAUCUGCGUAGCUUGUUUUGAUCUUCCGCUUUUUAUCAUCAGUUCAUUAUGAUCAAGAGAUGAUUUAGUUGAGAUGAUGUAUUUGCUUUAAAGGUGUAAUCUUGAAUCGUAAUUUCGUUUUGUCGUAUCAAAAUCGUUUGGAAUUUUGAUGAUGCAUAACAUUUAUGAUUGAUAACACAUUUUAUCGUAUUUGGUUUAAAUUAUGAGUCGUACAUGUGUAUCGAGAGAAAUGAAAAAAGUUUUAAAGUUUACGAAAUGCGAUUG